AUGAACGAAGAUGAAUGGACAGAGAUGUGUAAAAGUCUCAUCGCUGCUGCUCUGACUGAUGGAGAGACAGAUUUUGUAGUUGACCUUUUCAUGCCACUCAUGGAAUACGAUCUCUUCUGUGAAGUCAUGUGUACUGAACUGAUGACACUAUGCUCAGCUUUCGUGAUGGAUGGGCCUAAUGGUAUUGGCAAUAUUCCAUCCUUUCUUGGAGCCAUACUCUGUGCGAACUGGCCACGCCAAAUAUCAAAAGCUAUAGAUACGAUAAAUCCUAUCUUAUAUACUGUUGUCUCCGUUAUCAAAGGCUGGCUUUUGGUGCUGGAAGAAGACAACGAGGUUUGUUAGUU